CUAAGACUCGCGACGGUGGCUAUGGAUGACGUGCCUCUUCUUCUAUGCUUCACCUCCAAGGCACUAUACAGAUAACCACAAUUGCGCCUUUCGUCGAAUAUCGGUCCGCCGUCCACUAGCUGAGUCGCGUUUCACCUUCAAUUUCGCCGUCCUCAUUCGGCGCCCACCGUCUCACGCACGCACUCGCUCCGAACAGCCUGCGCGCAAGCCUCUCGGACGCGAUACGCUUUUGACAAGGGGGCGCGCACAUAUCCAGCACGAGCACGCCACACGACACUCAUCUCAGCAGACCAUCGCAAUCUGGCAAAUAUGGCUACCGUAUUUGGCUUCUCUGCAGCAGCUAGGUCCUUCCCGAUAGGCCAGCCAAGGUCAGCUCGUGAUCGUUCUGCAGUACGUGCGAGCGGUGGCGCCACCGACUUGGAGAUGCAAUCCUCGUCCCGCAGAGCCGGAGCAGCAUCUGGAGGAAGCGCUCUGGCACCUCCCGGGACACAAGAUGAUGACCCCUCUCAGCUCGGACAUGGCAGAGAGGCCAGUGGCAGGUCCGUCAUGUCGAAUAUCAGCCAGAGGUUGCGAAACAUGAGGGAGAACGAUCGAGCUGCCACUGACAACGCUCUGCAGACCAACGAGGAUAUCAGAAUGGCUACGCAAGAAGCGAUGACCGCUCAAGCCAACGCUGCCGCGGAUGGCAGAGCCGCUACAGAUCUUGAAGCGCAAGCUGCUCAAAAUGGCGCACCAUCCCGCAAUGCUGCAUACCUAGCCGGUCUGCGUUCCUCCAAGAAAGGCCCAAACAGGCGAGAGCGCGAGGAGGCGGCCUGUCUUUUUGGUCCUAACCUCGCUACUUACUUUCCAUCCAAUGCGACCUUCUCUGCCGUCUCGCCUUCAGCAGCCGCCCAGCCUGCCGCUGUGGAGGCAGCACAACCUGGAGCGUCCGCAGUCGUCGCGCCGCCAGGCAGUCAAAGUCUGGCAGCCUCAUUGGGACGAAAGGCGCGACUGGGUAGCCGAGGCCGAGCUCGAGGUGCAAGCCUCAGCGGUGUAGCUAGUCAAUUGAGCCUGCCAAUCGGUGCUAGUGAGAGUGUGGCGAGCUUGCCUCAGGGACAAGACCCUGUUACUUCUUCCUCUCACCCACUCGACGGCAGCGUCCCUCAGCACGCGGACGUCACCUCGACCACAGAGGCACUCAACGCAGUAGCUUUGGCCGAUGGUAUCGAGCUGGACACGCUUCAGAGGUGGAUUCACCGAAGCGUUGAUGGUCAGGCGCCACCGCACUCCGCUAGUCUUGAUAUAUCAGCAGUCCCCAACGCAUCGGGCGCCCCUCCCGCCGUGUGCUCAACGCUACAAAGCUACGUAAAUUUAAAGAGGAACACUGUCAAACUUGUUUCCGAACCAGGACAGCCGGCAGUAAUCGCUGCUUCUCCUAUGGUCAACGGGGACACGACCGCACCAAGCUCGCCCCUCGAACCGACCAGUCCAGGAGGCUUCUCCGCGUCGGAGAUGGGUGCUGCAGGAUUACGCGUAGCUCCGUCUUUCAGCAGCAUCACAGCUCUAGGUGGGGCUGGAGGCCCACGAAGCGGUCUAGGUCUUCCUGCCUCUCCUCUCGUAGCUCAACACGGUCGAACAGCCUCGUCCGCAGCGCCUCCCACGACACACAAGCUCUCCUUCGAAUACGAUUGCGCAGCUCCCUUUGCCAGCGUGCAAGUGUUCCUGCGUGCGAGCCGUAAGCACGGCAGCUGGAACAACGAUUCUGCUGAUGAUGGAAGCGUCUCUAACGCGAUCUCGGACAGCUUUUAUGCGCAACGCGGUCCCCCUCCUCAUGUGUUAGGCUGGCCAGUGCACUCUGCACAAGUCAAGAAAGGCUUUGGCGAUCCUCUAUCCAUUGCGUUGGCACUCCAGCUCGCUUACUAUGCGCCUGCUAGUGCCAGAAAACGUGCCGGAAACGUCUCUGAGGGUGUUGGCGGCGACGUAAAUGCAACGAACGACUUGCCGCUCGAAACGCCUGCGCUGAACGCGAGUAGGCAGUUGGAACCUGCACCUGCACCUGUACCUGCCCCCGCCCCCGUCCCCGCCCCGUUGCCAGUCAUUCCGGAUCAGCCCGUUCCAGAGACAAAGGAGGCUCGCGCUGCUCGCGAAAAGUCAGAAAGAGAGACCUUGAAGCUGGCGGUUGUCGUGGAAGCUCUGGACGAGGAUGGCAGACCGCUGAGCGAACCUAACCUGCAGACGACCUAUAUGCGUGUUACCAGCUUGCCUGUCAAGCCUCUCGCGGGCGACGGCGCCGAGCCAGCUGUAUCUGCUCCGCGAGCUUGGAGCAUUCAGGUGGAAGGUCAAGAAGCCGAGAUUGGCGCCCAUCGUUUCCAACUGCAAGAGCUGUACGGCCUGUCCAGGCGCCCCCCACCCGUCCGUCCUGCGCCACCAGAAGCUGGUGAAGGGGAAGACGGUGAAGCCACGGCGGGCAGCGUCCCUCCGCCACCACCAAUGGACCUUGACGGCAGCAAUGGAAGCGAGUGCAUCAUUUGCCUCUCCGCUCCCCCUACCACUUUGCUGUUGCCCUGCACGCACUCCCUUUGCUUGGAGUGUGCCGUGCAGCUCAGAGAGAGCGUCAAGGCUAUGAGAGAGACGGAGCGCAGGAGGGGAAGAACGCCACGGCGCAAAUACAACUGCCCUGCCUGUCGACGAGCAUUUACAAGCAUGCUCCACCUCAGUUCGGCUGACGAAAAGCAAAUCGCACAUGCUAACGUCUGAUCUCGAGCAGCGCAUCCCGUGUCAUCUACUACUUUUGCAUUCACGGAUUUUGUGACCUUGUUCAUGUCGUCUCGCGUUACCUCCCUUGAUAUACCUCGUUUGCGUUUGCAUUUUCUUGCAACUUCUUUUGUCUUGCUUACUACCGCACUCAUCACGCCUGUACCCGCGCCGCACGCUAGGAAUGACCAAUGCCCUCUCGCC